CGAACGGGAGCAAGAAAGCAGCACCAACGGCAGUGUUCAAGACCCUGCUACUCGAAGUGGUACAACAGUCCUGUCUUUCUCCAUCCAUCCGUCCCUGUAUUGGUGUAGACACUGAGCAACAUGCUCAUAGGGGUGCUGAUUGGUCUACUGAUUGGAGGAUUUAUCUUCUUCCUGGUUCAGAGGAACAGGAACCGGGUUCUGAAGAUAGAGGAUGGCUGGUGGGGGACUGGAGUACCCCCUGAUGGUGAGGAGGACGUCACCAUCCACCCAUUUAAAGUCACCACCAGUAAUGAAGAGCUGGAGGACCUAUACAGUAGGAUAGACCAGACGCGUCCUGUUGCCUCAUUGGAGGACAGCAAGUUUAAUUAUGGCUUCAACUCCCAGUAUUUGCAGACGGUGGUCUCGUACUGGAGAAAUGACUUUGACUGGAGGAGACAAGUUGACAAACUCAACCAGUACCCCCACUUUAAAACCAAAAUCGAAGGCAUUGAUAUCCAUUACCUGCAUGUGAAGCCUAAGAAGGUGCCAGAGGGAACUACUGCUAUACCUCUGAUAAUGGUUCAUGGCUGGCCUGGCUCCUUCUAUGAGUUCUAUGGGUUGAUUCCACUGCUAACAGAACCAUCAAACCCAGACGACCUUGUGUUUGAGGUGGUGUGUCCCUCUAUACCAGGGUAUGGCUUCUCUGAAGCACCACAUAAGAAAGGCUUUGAUUCGGUUUGUGCAGCAAGCAUCUUCCACAAACUUAUGAAGCGCCUGGGCUUCCAGCAGUUCUAUGCUCAUGGAGGAGACUGGGGCUGGCUGGUCACCACCAACAUGGCCCAGCUGGAGCCAAAGUCAGUCAAAGGCUUGCAUGUGAAUUUUGCCCCACCCUCUAAGCCUAGUCUGUCCAUGGUUUUAUCCAUCAUGCUCGGCCGCCACUUCCCUAAGCUUUUUGGCUUCACUGACAUGGAUAUUCAGCGUCUCUACCCUUGCAUGGCAAAACUGGUGGUGGAGUCCAUCAAAGAGUCUGGCUACAUGCACAUCCAGGCCACCAAGCCUGACACUGUAGGUCGAGGACUGAAUGAUUCUCCAGUGGGUCUGGCUGCCUAUAUUCUGGAGAAGUUCUCCACAUGGACAAAUUGUGACUUCAGGAACCUGGCGGAUGGAGGACUUACCAGGAAGUUCUCUCUGGAUGACCUGCUGACUAAUGUUAUGAUCUAUUGGCUGUCUGGAUGCAUCAUCUCGUCUAUGAGGUUCUACAAGGAAAACUUUGGAAAAGGUCUUAACCAGCCCCACUCUAAUAACGGGAUGGCUGGUCCAGGGACCGAGCACGUGCCUCUUGGAAUUUGAAACAUCUAGGUUUGCAGCUGCACCGACUGGGCAUGGCUCCUUCUUGAUGAUUGGCUCAUUGGUCUGUGGGAAUCCCUGCUAAAUCACUUCCUUUUUCUGCCCCCUUCAUAAACACAUGCAUAAUCAAAUAAUCAGCUUAUUUACAACAACCAGAAGAACAUGAAAGCAAGUAGAACCCAGCACAUGUGUUGUACAAUGGCAACAUAAAGGAACUGUUAAGCGUUUUAAUGAGGAAUGGUCACGUUUCAGCUUUUCUACUUCUACAGCAGCCUUCCUUUAUACUUGCUAUAGACAGGUCCACAGUGCCCACUGCAGUGUCGAAGAACAACAUCUCCCUCCAAUUCAGCCAAAAGCGUGGCUUGCGCCAGUAUGCACAUAGUAACUGCUAUGAACAAUGCACACCCCUACAAAAGAGAUCACAUAUGGGUCACUGCAUGUAGUAUGUUGCAGCCCCUUAGAUGCUUCAAUGAGGAAUGGUCACGUUUCAACUUUUCUACUUCUACAGCAGCCUUCCUUUAUACUUGCUAUAGACAGGUCCACAGUGCCCACUGCAGUGUCGAAGAACAACAUCUCCCUCCAAUUCAGCCAAAAGCGUGGCUUGCGCCAGUAUGCACAUAGUAACUGCUAUGAACAAUGCACACCCCUACAAAAGAGAUCACAUAUGGGUCACUGCAUGUAGUAUGUUGCAGCCCCUAUGAUGCUUAACGAACAAAUGUAGAAACUGUACACUGUA